AUGGAGUCCGAAUCAUCAGUCAUUCUCAGAGCGCCCGGCGUGUCGCAAAACACUCAGGGGACGCAGCCCCAAGGGUAUUCACCGCCCAGCCUUUCGUUUAUGGAGGGUACAUGGCACGUCACUCACAGCACUCUGCCCAUGUGGAAAUCCAAGCGCAAUGUUCAGAUCACGUACAAGGCACUUGCGCCAUCAACACCUGACGCUACUCCUGGUCAGACGGACCGCCUGGACGACGUUGUGUCAUACCAAGCGCUCGAUUCUGAUAAAGUGCACACAGUUCACGGCGUGGACAAAGCUAGUGGUGGGAUUGGUGUGACGGACGUUUGGGACUGGCGCGGCAAAGGAUGGCUCAUGAUUGCCAGCUCUCAUUGGGAAGUUCUUGGAUGGGCAGACAAGGGAGCUGGUCAAGACAGCUGGGUCGUCACAUAUUUUGCAAAGACUCUGUUCACACCGGCUGGGAUCGACUUCUACAGCAGAGGCAAGGAAGGGUUGAGUGAGCAGACGGUGCAGGAUAUCAAGGCUGCGCUUACGCGUGUGGACAACGAAGAUGUGCGUCGCUUGUCGAGCGAGGUAUUCGAGGUAAAGAUGGACCACUCGGCGCAAGGAGAGACAUAG